AUGACACUUACAUUGAAUGAUAUUGAUCAAAAUCCUGAAUUGAUUAGUAGUUGUGAUUGUUUUCAAGGAAUUUUAAUUUAUUUUCGUCCAUUAUUAAGAACUGAUGAUAUAAAAUUAAGUAAAUUUCUCGAAAAUCUAAGUGAACAAACACGUCAGUUUUCUACUCGUAAUAGUUAUGAUAUCGAUGAAGCUCGUCAAUUAUGUUUUGCAAUUAAUCGUUAUGAUAAAUUACGUCUUAUUGCUCUAAUUAAUAAUGAAACAAUUAUUGCUCUAUUUGAAUUUAGUUUAUCUAUUGUUGAAGAUGAUCGAAAACGUUUUGAAGAAAAAUAUAAUAUUAAAUUAAAUGAAAUAACUGACAUAAGAUUUGGUCCAUGUAUUAGUGAUGAAUAUCAAAAUCGUCAUCUAGGUUGUUGGUUAUUUGAGAAAAUAAAAACUAUUGCACGACAAAUGGGUAAAGAACGUAUUAUUCUUUGGGGUGGUGUACUACAUCAUAAUAAACGAGCUAUAAGAUUUUAUGAAAAAAUUGGUUUUAAAAUUUUUACAAAUAUUUAUAUGAAUGAUUAUGAAUAUGAAUGUUUAGAUGGAAUUUACAAUCUAUUUGAAUAA